UACCGCGGGGGCGCCUCCACCUUCACUCCGUGUCCCGAAUCCUCUCUGACCAUCCCGCCGCGCUGAGAGCGCUGCGAAGAGAGACAAUCCCCGAUUUUUCACAGAGACGUGGCCGUUUCUCGCAGUUUUCCGCCUUUUUUUUUUCUUUUUCCCGUGCCCGCCGCUCCUCCUCUGCGCGGGGGGCGGAUGGUUCGGCGACAACAUGGCCGCCACCAUGAAGAAGGCGGCUGCAGAAGAUGUCAAUGUCACCUUUGAAGAUCAACAGAAAAUUAACAAGUUUGCAAGAAAUACCAGCAGGAUCACAGAGCUGAAAGAAGAAAUAGAAGAGAAAAAGAAGCAGCUGCAGAACCUGGAGGAUGCCUGUGAGGACAUCAUGCUGCUGGAUGAUGCUGAUUCCCAGCUGAUCCCCUACCAGAUUGGGGAUGUCUUCAUCAGCCAUUCCCUGGAGGAGACACAGGAGAUGCUGGAGGAGGCAAAGAGGAGUUUACAAGAGGAAAUUGAAGGGUUGGAAUCCCGAGUGGAGUCGAUCCAGAGGGUGCUGUCUGACCUCAAAGUUCAGCUCUAUGCAAAGUUUGGGAAUAACAUAAAUCUGGAGGCUGAGGACAGUUAA